UCACGUAAUACUUCCGACUGGGCACAGACACUAUUUACGUUGCGAUCGUGUGAAGAAGUCUGUGUAGUCAUAAUUCAUCAAAAGUAUUGAUGUAGCUACUAGCUCAAUCUUUCAUCAAUGCAAAUCUGAAAGCGUUGUCAAUUAGCUACAGUCGUGAUAAAUACCAACAAACAAUGUCAAAUUUCAUCGCGCUGCAGACCCAGCUGGCCUCCGUCAUGGAUACACUUGUUCACGCGGCGGUGGCCGAACUGGGUAAACUUAUAGAAGACAGCUCUGUCUUCGUGUUCAGCCUGCAACGGGCCCAGGGACAUUGCGAGGAUGACAAAUUAUCUGCGAAUCUACAGACUGAGAGUCAGAAUAAGAUGACACACUUCGCAACACUCAUGGAGGUACUGGGCAGUGAAGCAUUGGGUAAAAUAAUGAAAAUUAUGGAUGAUACUAAGUUUUUGAUGGACUUUGAAUCCAAGACCUUCAAAGAACAUGGAGGGAAAAAAGCUAAACCACAAGCAAGCAUCUUGAAUAUUCUGUCAGUUGGGGGAAUGGCAGAGGAACAUUCUUAUGGUGGAACUUGUAAAACUGUGGCGCAAACUUUUUCAAUGCAGUCUGCAGAUGUGGAGGAAGUGGACACCCCAGAAUCUCCCCUCGUCUUGGCUGUCUCUGUCAAAGACGAGUAUGGACAAAUACACCUGGGGGCCAUUGCAGAGAGAGCUGCUGACGAUGCUUUUGCAGCAAACUCUUCCUCAGAGAACCAAUAUUGUAUGAUUAGCGAUGACCCACCAGUGAACCCCACAAACAUCCUAUUGGAGUCUUUGUUUGCCCAAAAGAAGCUCUUUAUUUGCACAGAGUGCGGGAAAAGUUUCUCCACGCAGAGUAACCUCAAAUCCCACCAGCGACUUCACACAGGCGAGAAACCGUUUGUGUGCAUGUUCUGCAACAAAGCCUUUGCCCACAAACAGAGUUGUAAUGAUCACAUCCGCACCCACACUGGUGAGAAGCCUUUUAUAUGUGGCGUCUGUGGGAAAUGUUUCGGCAAGCAGGCACACCUCAAGACCCAUUCGAUAAUACACACUGGAGAAAGCCUUACAGCUGCAGCGUGUGUGGCAAGAGCUUCAACCUGGCUCAAAAUCUGUCUAGACACCAGCAAAUUCACACAGGAGAGAAAAUCUUCACCUGUUUGCUGUGUGGGAAAGGCUUCACACGCGCUGUAACACUGAAGACCCAUCAACUCAUUCACACUGGACAAAAGCCCUUCCAGUGCAAUCAGUGUGACAAGAGUUUCCGUCAUUCUGUCAAUCUGAAGAACCACCAGCGGAUUCAUACAGGCGUCAGGCCAUUUAGCUGUGACUUGUGUGGCAAGACAUUCCGUCAAUCAGUGAAUCUGAAAAUACACAAGCGCAUCCACACUGGAGAGAGGCCAUUUGGCUGCACAGAAUGCGGCAAGACCUUCAGUCAGCAGAGUAGUCUUAUCUCUCACGGACGCACCCACUCUAGCGAGAAGCCUUUCGAGUGUAGCUUCUGUGAGAAAAGAUUUAACAACACCAACUGUCUGAAGUUGCACCAGAGAAUCCAUACAGGAGAGAAGCCGUACAGCUGUGAAAUCUGUGGGAAGACUUUCAGUCAGGGCAGUCAUCUCCGAACUCACAAGAAGCAUGUCCACGCAGGAGGGAAACAGUACAUCUGUGAUAAAUGUGGGAAGAGGUAUUCAGACAAACGGAAUCUUAAGAUGCACAAAUGUGUUUAUGCCUCAAUCUAACAUUGAUGUGCAAACGGUUUCAAUCUUUGACAGACUUUUGUUGUCCUUUGCUUUGCUGUUUUUAUGCCUGUUGGUUGAAUCACCAGAUGUCUCUGGUGAAAGCCUUGAAGCCUGGCAGGUGAAUCUAGGGAAUCCCCUUUCAACUUGAUUUUAGCCUGAGCAAAAAUGUAUAGUUUUUAUUAUGGAAUAGGACUUGCUGUCAGGGGCUAGGUAUUUUAGUUUUUGUUCCCAUUUAAGCAAUUAUGAAAAGGAAAAAGCAGAAACAAUAUAUUUAAGUUAAAUAAUGUUUUCAUGUUAGUGUGUACUGUAUAUAAUAAUGCCAUUUUUGUAAAUAUGUAAGAAAUUUUAUUUAGCAUAACUAAAAGUAUAGUUAACAUUUUGCAGCCUGAUAUGUAUUGAUAUCAUUUGUAAAAAGCCAAUAAAACUGAAGCUGGUGUUUGGAUACAAAAAAAUCUGUAGAUUGUCUUGUUCUAACAGAAUUGCUUGGCUGGCUAGUCUGUAUUUCCAAAACAUCAGGUCCAUUUGUAUUUAUUGCUUACCACAUGUACUUGUUUCUUAAGGUUUGUUUCCCACAGACUUGAGUUAAGAAUUCACACAUUUUCUAUUUUAUAGCAUUUGUUUUUAUAUACUUUAUGUAAAAGAGACAAAUCAACACAUGGCUGUAUUUAGUGGGAUGGAACAAAUUGGUUCAAACAAAUCACAGUAAAUUACGGGAAUGUAAUCAUUAAAGACAUGCAAUGAUUCAAUUUUG